AUGGGUGACAAGAAUGAGAAAUGUGUAGAUCCACAAUCGUCAAAGUAUCAGCGGGACAACGGCUCUAGCCAGUGUAAAGCACGUCUGACAGCGGAGGAAAGAGGUGCAGCCAAACGCACAGCAUCUAUUACCAGAGUGAACUGGACAUCGAGUUACUUAUCCACCUGGCCCGCCCACAUCUCCUCCCAGUUGGUGCAGAGUGGGCGGACCCAUGGGGCAGGGGGCAAGAUCAGGAACCACGGAUGUGGUGAUGAGUUUGGUGGACAGGUGGCAAAGCCAAAGUUUCUCCAGCAGCUAGAGGGCUACUUGAGGAGGGAGCUGCAGGCCAUUGACCCUCAGGCACCCCAAGUACAGGAGCGAAAACUACAGGCCUACCGAGAGGUCUUUGACUGCUUCAUUGAGGACUUCAAAACAUACAAGCCUCUUCUCUCUGCCAUUAAGAAUGAAUACGAGGUUACAUUAGCGUACCUGCGGGACCAGGUGCGUGAGCUGCAGCCGCUGCGAGCCAGGCUGGUGAUGGUGUCCGAGGAGUGUGAGAGGAGGAUUACGGGUCUGAGGGAGGAGGAGAGGUCAGAGAUCAGAGCUCUGAAACAGGAACGCCUCCGCCUGCAGAAGGUCAUGGAGAACAUGAAGGAGAAGCAUUGUGCCAUGCAGGCAGAGGUGAGCAGUCUUCAGGAUGAACUGGCAGCCCAGUACCUGAUGUACCGUGAGGAGAGAGAUGCCCGGAAGCUGCUCAUCACCAACCUCAGCAGCACGAGCUGUGGAGGGGAGGAGGAGGCAGAUGAGGAGCAGCAAAGUGAGUUGGAGAGUAAGGACCCUGUGCAGGUGGAGCUGUGUCUAAGGGUGUGUAGAGAGGACCUGACCAGAGCACAGGUGGAGCUCAACCGUUUGCAUGCAGAGUACGGAGACGUGGUCCCUCGGAGAGACUGGGAGUCGCUGGAGCACACACACCAUGAGAGCCUGAUAAAAAUAGAGACUUUGCAAGCAGACUACGAGCAGAUGCGUCAUGAGUACGACACCCUGCUGGAGCUGCACAGGCAGGUGACCUCGGAUAGAGACGGCUUGCAGAACGAGCUGGACCGUUUCAGAAAGAGCUCAACUCCCAGGCCGCACUGGAAGAAGUGUGCAGAGGCGGUUGGAGGGGCUGAGCGCUGGGCAGAGCUGAGUCACAACCAAUCAAGUCAGAGGAGGCUAGAGAUCCUUCUCGAGCAACUACUGGGAACCACAUCAGAGCAGAAAGAAUUCUUCACUGGACUGGGUGGGGGUGCUGAAGUGCCGGUGUACCUACGCUACGAAGGCAAUCUGAAGAACCUGCACCUGCAGAAGGCUGACGUUCACAGAGUCAUCAGGGAGGCGUGGAAGGAGAAGGUGACUGAGGAUGAGAAGAGUGACAAGAGCAGUGACCUGGGUGAGUUUCUGCACAGGCACCUGGAGAGACAGCACAGGGAGCAAGCAGGAGAUUGGGCCUACAGUCUGAUGGAAUCCUUCCACCAGCACUCCAACGAUGAUGUCAUCAACCUGUUCCACCUUAUUCUAACGGGGAAGGUGGAUGAGAGUGUAUAUCAUGGGCAGACACAUCUGCUGUCUAACUUGUUGAAGGUGCUGAUUAAGACUGACACUUCCGGGAGCGGGUCACUAACCCUCCAGGAGUUCAGGGAGGCCCUGAGGACGGCCUUUCCCCUGAAGACAGACCAGGAUGUAGAGGAGAUGUUGUCUGUCGCCCAGCAGGAACAGGACAGCAGCAGCAUUGGCAUCAUCAACUACCAGAGGCUCUUAAUGGAGGACUCUGAAGGGAAGCACAGGGACUUCCUGACUCUGGUGAGGAGGCAGUCAGAAAGAGAGAAACAGCAGUACAUCAGCCAGCUGAAAGCACAGUUAGGGGGCAGAGAGGAGCUGACUGUGGCAGACCUCAGGUCAGCAUUCAGAAGCAUUGACCCCUCUCUGGACUCAACUACUCUAGACUGGAACCUGACCAUGGCUUUCCAGUGUACCCCUGAGCAGCUAGACAAGCAGACAGCGCCAGUUGAAACAGAGCAGCUUCUUCAGCGCCUCUUGGUGGCUAACGUCACCAGGGCUGGUGUUCAGACACCACAGGACUGAUAUCUCCACAUUGGGCUUUACACACACACACACAAACAUGCACAAGACCUCACUGAUCAAAACACGGCAGUCUAAGACAGUAGUUGUAGACAAGCUGGCAUAGUGCAUCUUCUUUGUAGUCUUCGCACAGCAUGUGUAGCAAUCUGGGAUCCAGUUGUAUGUUUUUGCUGUAAUUUCCUGUCAUUAUAAAGCCUUACUUUAACAUUAAAAUCGUGCAUCGCAUGUA